GUACCCUUACUUCUAGUAGUUGUGCUUCCUCUUGAAAGGCGCUCAAGGCGCGUUUAUUUCAACAUUUCUUCCAUCACAAGUGGAAACUAGAUCGAAGCGUCCUCUCCAACUUUAUAAGGGAAUGCUUUGAAGUUUGAUCCGUCCAGACCAUUACCAUGGUGCAGUCAGGACUGCAGUCAGAGAUUAGUAGACUGGCUCAGCUUGGGCAGGCAGGGCAAAGUUGCGCACAGAACUUGGCCAUGUGACGUGAACGGCGGCUGGCAAGCCCAUGAUCCGAUCCUGCAUUGAAAGUUUGGGGUGAUACCUGAGGACUGCAUUCAGGAUGGCACACCGCCCUGUAAGAGGCGAAGCACUGGGAUUGUCGGAGUGCUCGUUUGUGGAGGCGGGGCGCCUGUUGCGCAUCUUCCUAGCGGCGCGCAAGGAGCUGAUAACGGAUGCGCCAGACACGUUUGCUCAGCUCUUGGCUGUCAGGCAGUCUCUUGAGCAUUUAGGGGGGCCAACCAACGCUCUGAGGCAGGCUGACAGCAGAACCUCCAUGAGGACCGCUGCACAACCCCCAACUGCUCCAAAAACGCCGUCUGGUCAAACGCCGCAAACUGAAGCAGGGAAGGCUAAAGAUCCUGUUGGUCAGGCUGGAGUGGCAUCCGCUGGUGUGGAAGCUUUAGGCACCCCUGCAAGUCUGGAGCAGCAGCGAAAGGAGGAGAAGCAGAGGAGGAAAGAGGAAAGGCGACGCCAGAAAGAGGAAGCCAGGGGGAAAGACGGUGGUGCUGCGUUGCCAGAGGUGGCCGCGGCGGCGCAAAGAGUUGCAGCGGGUGGAGGAGGGCUAAAUGAGGAGGAAAGGAGACGGGAACAGAAGCGACUUAGAAAGGAAGAGAGGCGGCGAAAGAGGGAAGUGGUCGCAAAUGGGGUUGAGGCAGGGGGUGGGGAGGAGUCAGGGCUUGGUGUUGGCUUGAGCACUUCUGGUCAGAAUGACGGCGCCUUGCGAGGGAUUUCGAGAGAAGAGGACGAGCUGAGGAAACAAAAGGAGGAGAAGCGGAGGAGGAAAGAGGAGAGGAAAAGGGCAAAGGAGCGGGAGGGGACAUUGGACGCUGCUGCGCCGCCACCUGUCAGCGCGCCGUUGGGCGGAGUUGCUUCCACCAAGAGGCCGUCAGAAGAACUAGAGGUGGAUCAGCAAAAGGAGGAGAAGCGGAGGAGGAAAGAGGAAAGGCGACGCCAGAAAGAGGACGGCAAAGAGAAGGAUGGUGUGCCAGACGCGGGUGCCGCAGCGCAAACAGCUGCAUCGGGUGAAGGAGAGCGGAAUGAGGAGGAAAGGAGACGGGAAGAAAAACGGCUUAUUAAGGAGGAGCGGCGGCGAGAGAGGGAAGCGGCCGCGAACGGAGUCAAGGCCGGGGAUCGGGUGGAGUCGGGGCUUGGUGAGGAAGAGCGGAGGAGAGCGAAGGAGGAGAAGCAAAGGAGGAAAGAGGAGCGGAAAAAGGCGAGAGAACUCGGGGAGGUGCCGGAUGCCGCUGUGCCGCCACCUGUCAGCGCAGCGUUGGUUGGAGCUGCUUCCACCAAGAGGCCGUCAGAAGAACCAGACGGAGAUCAAAAACGGGGUCAGAAGCGAGCGAAAGUGGACACGCCGCAGGUUAUGAGUAAGAGGCCUAGAGAAGAGGAGAACGGAUUGGAAAUGGAAAAGCCCGUUGGAAAGAAGCAGCGAGGAGAUAGACUGCCAAGGUUAAGUGUUCAACCGAACGGGGUGUCAGCGGGCAAUACUGACGAGGAGGCUGUGAGAAAAGGAGAGCAGGGCAGGCAGAAGGAGCAGAAGGGGAGGGCGAGGGACAUGGUUGGAUAGCCCUGGGAUCAGCGGCGAGGCGGAGAGGAUUCAGCGGGUACUUUCCAAACGAGGAGAUAUUCAGCUUUGCAUCCCAAGUGGGGAGCGGCGGGGGUGGUGAUAGCAAAGUCAAAGGUUUGCC